AUGUGGUCUCGUGUUGCUGCUGCAGCCCUGCUGGGCCUCGCAUCAACCGCUUCUGCUCAAACCUCUUCAAACUGCAAUGGCGAUAUUUGCUACGCCUUAAAUAUCCCCGAGAGCACAGCAAGCUCCGGCACUGGAGACAUCUUCCUCCAGAUUACUGCACCCACCUCCUAUACAUGGGUUGCCAUCGGCCAGGGCAGCUCCAUGUCGGGCGCCCAGAUGUUCGUCGUGUAUACCUCUGCAAGCGGUGAUAAUGUCACUGUUUCACCGCGUCUCGGUUCCGGCCACAGCACCCCGCGAUUCAACAGCGACGCCCAGGUCACCCUUCUUGAUGGCUCAGGCGUGUCCAAUGGUCAGAUGACUGCCAACUUCAAAUGUGCAAGUUGCUCGUCUUGGUCUGGCGGCUCCAUGGACUUCUCUUCCAGUUCCGCGUCUUGGAUCCACGCAAGCAAGUCUGGAAGUUCUCUCGACUCGGAUGAUACGAGCGCCUCUAUCCAGCAGCAUGGCAGCGAUUACGGCAGUUGGGACUGGGACUUCUCCAGCGCCAAAGGUGGAAGCAGCGCUAACCCCUUUUCGAGCGGAUCCGCCACCAGCACUGGAGGAUCUAGCAGUGGUACCGCCGACUGCGUCCCAAGCCCGACCAGCUCCGGCUCCGGUUCCAGCUCCAAUUCUGACUCUGGUUCGUCAACGACGCAGACCUGGCCUCCGUGGCGUACUGGUGGUGGCAGCGGACCCUGGGGCGGUGGCAAUAGCAAGAGACAGGAUUCUGGUACCAACUACUGUGCCCCCGGUCAAUCGUCUGGUAGCAGCCCUGGCCAGCAGAUUGGCGGUGGUGCGGCUUUGGCCGAGUAUCAGCGUAUGCAGAAGAUGCUGAUUGCUCACGCUGUCUUGGCCUGUCUCGCCAUGGUAAUCUUUUUCCCGCUGGGUGCCAUCGCCAUCCGGACAUUCAGCUUCCCCGGUCUCAUCUGGUUCCACGGUGGUCUCCAGGUCUUUGCCUACUCCAUGUUCAUCGCGGCCGUUGGUCUCGGUAUUUACCUCGGCCAGCGUGGUGGAUACCUCUCGAGUUACCAUGCCAUCAUUGGCUUGCUUGUCUUCGCCCUUAUGUUCUUCAUGCCCAUCCUCGGCUACCUGCACCACAAGCUCUUUAAGAAGUACGGCCACCGCACUUUCUAUUCCUACACCCACAUUUGGAUGGGUCGUUGUCUCAUCACCCUUGGCAUCAUCAACGGUGGUCUCGGCCUCAUGCUUGCCAACGGUCCAAGGGAUUGGACGAUCGCUUACGGCGUUGUCGCCGGCAUCGUCUGGUUGGUGUACAUCUCUUGCGCUAUCCUUGGUGAGGCCAGGAGGAAGAAGGCCAUGGCUGCUCCGCCGAGUUACCGUAGGGAGCGCAAGAUGUCUUCGCACAGCAGCAGCAGUCCCAGCGGCGCCAGCACUCAGCGCGAGUUCUACGGCCGCAAGAACAGAGGCGAGCCGUGA